CAGAGAAACUCGAGCCAGUGUCCCAUGGCCGACCGAGACAGAGGCCGUGACCGUGAACGAGACCGAGAGAUCCGAGAAAAGGAUCGGAGACGAGACAAAGAAGAGCGUGACCGUGACCGCGAUCGCAGCGUCAAAGACCGCGACCGCAGCAAGAGGUCCCGUACGCCGGACCGCAUCAGGUCGCGGCACGCCCGCUCCCGCACUCGCUCUCCGGACACUCACCGCUCGCGGUCCCGCUCCGCGGACAGGUCGCGACGGCGGCACCGCAGCCACCGCACGCCCUCGCCUUCCCCGCCGCGGAAGCGCCACAGGCGGGGGGAGGACGAGGAGAAGGAGCGGCAGCGGGCCGCGGUGGUCUCCGACUUUGUUGACGGCAUCGCGAAGGAGCAUCAGAAGCAGCGGGGCACAUCGGAGGGCGGCGACGUCGGCGGCGGAGAUGCGGAGAUGGAUGCGGAUGAGAUCGAGAUGAUGAAGAAGAUGGGGAUUCCGUGCACGUUCGAUUCGACGAAGGGGAAGCCGGUUCCGGGGGCGGAUGUGAGCGGAGUGAGGUCGGUGACGAAGCGGCUGCCGAGGCAGUAUAUGAACCGGAGGGGUGGGUUCAAUCGGCCAUUGCCGGCAGAACGGAACCGCUAGAUUUAGGUUUUAUAAAGAUGCUGGAGGGUCUGCUGGCAUGAAUUGGAUCAAGUGGAAAAUUUGGAUUCUCGAAAGCCAUGUCUAGUACUCAAAUGAAGAGGAUAACAUGUAAAACUACGAUACUUUUACCAUUGAUGAUAAAUUUUUGCUCUCUCUAACUCAGCUCUUGCCAUCACAUUGUAAUUCAUGCAAUGGUGUAUUUUGUCUGAUCUUACUAAAUGCUAAUUGCACCUUGAUCAGGAUGGUGGUUUUAUAAUUCUUGCCAUUGGACUUUGGGCAUCA